GUCAAUGAGCUGAAGAAUUUGUGGACCCCUGUAAGAGUUACAGUUUCCUUCAUUGUCCUCGUGAGAGAGCAUCAUUGGCAAAACUUCCGUAGUCCUCAUGUUUCAAUCUUCCUUUGUACUUUAGGCUCCUAUUAAAAACUGAAAUAUUUGGAAGUUAUUAAAAAAAUCAUUCCUUCUUCAAUCGGAGCUUAACUAAAAACUCAGGAAUAAGAUUCUUGUUAUUUACUGUUUCACAGGGCUGUGGCUUGGAUUAUGAUCAUUUUAGACAUUAUUAUCAACUGUGAUACAUAGUUUGGGCUGAGGGAAAAUUUUAAAGAAAACAAUAAAGAAUAUUUGUGGUGGGGGUUGAACCAUUUCCAGCUGGUUGCUGGACUAAUGCAUCAUUUCACCAGGAUUGUCAAUAACUCUUUGAUUUGUAAGUCAUGCUUAUGUAAUCAGUAAUGGUACUGGGCCACCAUAGCUCUGUGGCUAAGACACUGAGCUUGUCAAUCAGAAAGGUUGGCAGUUCGGCGGUUCGAAUGCCUAGUACAGGUCUCCUGCGUGAGCAGGGGGUUGGACUAGAUGACCUCCAAGGCCCCUUUCAACUCUGUUACUGUUACCAUGUGUUCUCGUGAUUCCUUCACAUGUCUUCUAUCACUAACAGAGCCUUCUCCAGUGAUUUAUCCCUUCACACAUGUCCAAAAUAUCUAAAUUGUAGUUUCACGAUGCUACCAAUGACUAGCCCGUUUCACUUCAUCUUGUUUUCCGUUAUUUAUUCUCAUGGACCAAAAUCUCUCUGCAGUUUUUCCCCAGCAUUUGAAAAAAACAGAGAAUUCCACGAUCUCCAAGAAAGCUUUCAUUUUGCUUCAUUCAGCCUUCCGGAUAGUCCAGGUUUUACAAAUCUCUGCUACAACAGAGGGACACCGUGGCCUUGUCUUUAAUAAUCUCUGUCAUUAGUACGAUGUAUCUAUUCUUCAAGAGUUUGUCUAGAAUCAAGAUCUAUUGUAUUUUUUCCCUCAGGCAGAACUUUAUUUUAUGGCUGCAGUCACUGUCUUUGUGAAGGUUGUUACUAUUUGAACUUGUUCCUGCCAAUGUCAUGGGUUAAAAUUAGAACUUCGCUGCCGUGACAUUUUGCUCUGUCAUAAUUGACAGGAAGGGUUUAAUGGCUUUAACAAAGCGAUCAAAAUUCAUGACGGAAUUCUUACUGUACAGAAAUCUCUGGGUCAUGGAAAACCAUCUGUGGUUUCAAGUAAGUGCUUGAUAAAAUCCUUUAAUUCACUCCUGGAGGGGGUAGUGAAUUGGCAAGGAGUUUGUUGUUGCUUUGCAGCUAAAAUUGGGAGCGUGCUUUUCAAAUGGCUGGUGGUUCCCGAUUGCCAUUCUUUUGCACAGUUGUCUGACAGGCUUUGUCCAAAAGCUUCUGGCAGACAACAGAGGUCUGCAUGCAAGACUCUAAGAAUAGGUUCUGAUGUUAAUGGUGAAUUAAUGGUUUGUCCUUCCUAUAGAUGUUUCUCCUGGAUGUCAAUUAAAAAUCCAGAAAUUGAAGGCAUUUGUCAAUCUAACGUGGGUUUCCUCUUUUGCUCGUGACACUUCCGGAUACCAUGCCAAAAAGUGAAAAGUGGGUGCUGAGUUUGAAUGCGGAAGAGCUAUGACUGAAACGACUGUUUGUGUUGGCUCAUUUGUGGCUAUUAAAGACCUGUGGGAACUCAGAAUCCAGAAAAUUACCGAAGAGCUUCGGAAGCAAAAAGAAUUCAGUCAGAAGGCUGCAGGGAGACUGACAAUUAUUUGGGAAGAGAGGGCCAGUUUGGCCAAGCUGAAAGACAAAGUAAUCAACGAAGAUGGAAGGGCUGUUUUAAGGAUUGAGCAGGAAGAAUGGCAGACUCUACCUUCUUGCUUACUGAAACUGAAUUACCUGCAGGAAUGGCAACUUCAUAGAACUAAUUUGAUCAAAAUCCCUCACUACAUUGGUCGCUUUCAAAACCUCAUUGUCCUAGAUCUAUCUCGAAAUUCGAUUGCAGACAUUCCUAGAGAGAUUGGUCAAUUGUCAAAUCUUCAGGAGUUGAUCCUCAGUUAUAAUAAAAUUAAGUUGGUUCCUAAAGAGUUAGGCAACUGCGUUGGCUUAGAAAGAUUGGAACUGGCAGUAAAUAGAGACAUCUGUGACCUUCCCCAUCAGCUGAGCAACUUGAAGAAGCUUUCUCACCUAGACCUGAGCAUGAACCGGUUCACUACUUUCCCACCAGUUAUCCUAGAUAUGCCUAAUUUGGAAUGGCUAGAUAUGGCGAGCAACCGGCUGAAAGAAAUCCCUGGCAAUAUUGACAAAGCAGAAAACCUACAUACUUUGUGGCUCCAAAGGAAUGAAAUAACCUGUUUGCCUGAAUCCAUUUCUAAUCUUAAGAAUAUGACUACCUUUGUUCUCACCAGCAACAAACUGCAAGAUAUUCCUGUUUGUCUGAAGAAUAUGCCAAACCUAAGAUUUGUCAACUUCAGAGAUAACCCAUUAAAGCUGCAAGUUACACUUCCUCCUUGCGAGAAUCCCGAAGAAGAGGAGGAACAAGAACUCUAUGGAAUUCAGUUCAUGCAUUUAUAUAUUCAGAAGUCACUCAAUGGUGAAGAAAAUAUGGAAAGUGAUAUUUCAGGUGCUACUGACACCACUGACUGAAGACGAAAAAUAGCACCAAGCUGAUAAGUAUUAUAAUUUUUUGGAGCAGAGAGAAACUAAAAAUAUAGAUCUAUUGUAACAAAUAUUUUGAGCCAUCUACUUAUUAGUACU